AUGGCAAAGAAAACUGCCGCUGCUGCUGCCGCGGCCUCGUCGACCGACAACGAGUCUGCCACCACUCAGGUCAACGUCGCUGAUUUUGCUCGUACCCGCGACAGUGUCAUUGUUGCCCUUGCUACCCUCCAGACAUCUGUUCAAGACCUCUCUCGAGCUUACAUCAACCAUGCCAACACCGUCCUUGCCCCAGGCCGAGGCGGCUCGCUGGAUGCCAACCUGACCAACAUCCUCUCUGAGUCUGGUCUAUUGGCUACUGCCAACGCAGUUUCGCGCCCCGCUGCUCUCGCCGAGCCUGAGGGUGACGGCAAGAAGAAGCGCAAGAGAACUCCUCACGACCCCAAUGCCCCCAAGCGUGCCUUGACGCCAUACUUCCUCUACAUGCAGAGCGCCAGAUCCCAGAUCGCGAAGGAGCUUGGUGAUCAAGCGAAGCCCAAGGAGGUCGCCGAUGAGGGUACUCGCCGAUGGACUGCCAUGCCAGCCGCUGACAAGGCUAUCUGGGACUCUCAAUACCAGAAGAAUCUUGCCGCCUACCGUGUCAAGAUGGCUGCAUACAAGGCCGGCCAGCCUGUACCCAGUGAUGAGGAAGCUGCUCGUCUUGUCGAGGCAGGCAAGGCACCUACUGAUGAGGUCGUCGCCGAUGCUGAGGCCGACACCGAUGAGGAGACCUCGCCGGAGCCUGUCAAGGAGCCUACCCCUCCUGCUAAGACAUCUAAGCGCAGAAAGACCCAGGACACCCCCGCUAAGGUGGAGGCAACUCCUAAGUCACCAGAGAAGGAGAAGAAGAGCAAGAAGGCCAAGGCUGAGGUUGAAAAGGCGACUCCGGCUUCGACAUCCAAGACUGAGAAGAAGAAGAAGUCCAAGAAGGCUUAG